GCGCGGCGACUUCGCAGCAGUGCCGCCGCUACUACGGUGCCGUGCUUAGGUUAUCCGUGUCGCCGUGAGGCUAGUCUCUCGAGCUUCGCGUGUGUGUAUAUCGUCUCGCGCGCGCACACCCCUCAGCUCGAAAAUAGUGUGUGCCGCGACAUAUAACUAUCCUCAUCACUCUCAUUGUUGUUAUCCACUCUCUCCCUCUAUCUCUGUCUGUGUCUCUCUCUUUCUCUCUCUCUCUCUCUCUCUCUCCGUCUGCCUUUCUGUCUGUCUGCCCGUCCGUCCGUCCGUUGUUUACCCACUUGUUUAUCGCUCGCGAUUGUGGAAGUCGGUUGUGCGGUUCUGCGCCGGUGGUGUUGUUGUUGGUAUAUUUUGUUGUUGCUGUACGUCUCUCCCGCGAGUGUUGCGGAGGUACAGUCGAGCGCACGCAUACUUAGCAGCAGCAGCAGCAGCAGCAGCAGCAUCCGGACGAAGGCGAGGGAGAGAGAGCGAGAGUCAGCGACAAAUCUCGACGGUGUGCGGGUGUGGUGCUGCAGCCUCGACAUGCAGCGGCUCUAAUACUAUAAGAGAGUGCGCGAGUGGGAUCGAGCCUCGACGAGGAUGACGAGGAGGCCGAGGUCGGCGCGGCGGAGCUGCUCCGCCUGCAGCUGUUGAGCCGCUCGGGACAAUACGCGUUGCUCUUCCUGGGAGCCUUCCUCAGAGAGGCUGCAUCAGGAGGAGAGCGAAAGCGAGCGAGAGAAUGACGAGGAUGACGCAUCUCCUGCCUGGCUCAUAGUGUAAACAGCAGCCAGCAGGGACUUACUACUGCUAGUUUAGCGGUGCAGGAGAGGAGAAGCUGUGCUGUGCAGAGUGAGAGAGAGAGAGAGAAGAUAAGGUGGUGACUCUUGCUUUGAUCUUUCUUCGGACUAGAGAGAUAGAGAGAAGCGCAGAGCUAGCUAAGAUGCAGGUGGCUACGCUGUUCAGGGAGAGCGCCAACCUGCUUGGCGCAUCCAGCAUGGACACUCCGCAGUCCCAUCAUCAGAUGCAGCAGCAGCAACAGCAACAGCAGAUGCAGCAGCAGCAGUCCAUCGACCACUUCAGCCAUCACAUGCAGCACCACUAUAAAAUGUCAUAUCCAUCGCCGGUAUCAAACGGCGUUCCAAAUGGUGCCACGAUGAAUUGUUCAGGCGUGAUGGUGAAGCAGGAGGCUCGGGACGACGGCUACGAGACCAGUCCAGACCUCGAGAUGCGCAGCACUGGGGGUGACAGCAGCAGCCAGCAGUACCAUACGCCGCUGACGCCGCACACGCCUCACACGCCCCACACGCCCCACACGCCCCUCACCCCCAUCUCGGCAACGACGCACCAGCCCCAGCAGCCAGGCUCGUCCGCCGCGACCCUCGGACAGGUGUCGAUAAAGUGCGAAACACCGGUGGACCCCUACUCCUUCGUGGACGAGGAGAUGACGAUGAGCGGCAUGAGGACAGCCAGUAGUCCCGGUGACAACCCAGACGUCAUGUCCUGUGGUGGUGCUCAACCGGGUCUCGGCACGCCCGCGCCGACGCCUCCCAACAGCCAGCUCUGUUCGGCUCAGCAGCAGCAGCAACAGCAGCAGCAGCAGCAGCAGCAGCAGCAGCAGCAGCAACAGCAGCAACAGCAGCAACAACAACAACCACAGCAGCAUCAGAUGAGUCUACAGAUGAUGAACGGAGCGCUGAAUCCCGCGCUGAAUCCUGCGCUGGCAGCUCAUCAGCCCAAGAAGAGAGGCCGCAAGAAGAAAUGCGAGAUGAUUCUCACGCCCGAGGAGGCCGAACUUGCCGAGGCGAAGAAACGGGCAAAGACGUACAAAGAGAGGAAGAAGCACGACAGGUUCGACGGUAUGCCGGAAGAGGAAGUGAGCAAACGCGUGCUUCCGGAUCACCUAACCAACGACCUCGACAUCAUCAUCAUCGGCAUCAACCCGGGACUGUUCGCCGCCUACAAAGGUCACCACUACGCCGGCCCUGGCAAUCACUUCUGGAAGUGUCUACACCUGAGCGGCCUGACGCCAGAGCCGCUGACAGCCGACGAUGACUACAAACUUUUGCGCCUCGGUAUCGGCUUCACGAAUAUGGUGGCCAGAGCCACCAAAGGCAGCGCCGACCUCACGCGAAAAGAGAUCAAAGAAGGAAGCCACAUACUGUUAGAGAAGCUGCGAAAGUACAAGCCUAAGAUAGCCGUGUUCAACGGGAAGCUCAUCUACGAGGUUUUCUCGGGCAAAAAGGAGUUCGGUUUUGGAAGGCAACCCAACCUCGUCGACGGCACCAACACAUACAUGUGGGUGAUGCCAUCGAGCAGCGCGCGCUGCGCACAGCUGCCGCGCGCGGCGGACAAGGUGCCGUACUACGCGGCCCUGAAGAAGUUCCGCGACUACCUGAACGGCACGAUCUCGCACCUCGACGAGUCGGACAUCGUGUUCGCGGACUCGAAGCUCAAGAAGCGCGAGCAGGACGCGCUCGAAGACAAGAAGCCCGUCUUCACCGACGAGCUCUGCGAUAGCGAGGGCAGAUACGUGGACGCAGGUAUGAUAAUCAAGCAGGAGCCGGGCCUGGUCCCGGGCAAGAAGAAGCGCGGCCGGCCGAAGAAGAUCAAGAAUCCCGAGGAGGCGCCACUGCCCGAUCCGGAGAAAGUCGACGGCAACGGCGAGGUGAUCAAGAAGCGCCGCGGCCGGCCGAAAAAGAUCCACCAGCAGCAGAAGCAGUCCGAGCGCGAGGCCAAGGAACGCGAGCACCAGGCCCAGCAGGCCCAGCACCACCAGCAUCACCUCCAGCAGCAGCAUCAUCAGCAGCACCAUCCGCACCAGAUGGGCGGACACAUGACCGACGGCUACGGCCAGCUGUCCAACUGCUUCUCGCCCCCGAUGAUGUCGCCGCCCAAGCCGUUCUCCCACAUGGCUCCUUAUCCCCAGCCGGGCCUGUCCGACCCCCAGAGCUACUACGGCCAGAGUCUCGCCGACAGCCCGUACAGCAAGCAGAGCCCGGUGCACCUGCAGCACUACAGCCAGAGUCCCAAGUCCAUGUCGCUGUCGUUCAGCCACUCGGACCUCUCCUCCGAGAUCAACACGGCCAUCUCGUCGGAGAACAACCUGGGCGAGCCCUCGCCGCUCACCUCGCCUGCCGGCAUGGACCAUCCGGACUUUGACGGCGCCGCCAUGCAGCAGCAGUCCCAGCAACAGCAGCAGGCGUCCUACAACCCCGCCGGCGAUCACGGAAGUCCAGCCGGCACACCCGGCUAUCCUGGAUACAUGAGCUAUCACGAGCAGCAGCAGCAGCAGCAGGAGCAGCAGCACGCGCCAACGCCCAUGAGCCAGACGACCGACGAGCACUCGCAUCACUCGCAUCCCACGCCGCCGCACAACCAUCCCCACACGCCCACGCACUCGAUGUCGCCGCAUCCGCACGAGCAGUACGGUCUGAAGCGGUCGACGGGCCAGGACGUGGCCUCGAAGAGCCUGAGCGAUCUGGAGUCCCUGGUCGACCAGAUCCCCAGCAUAGCCGAGAGCGGCGGCCAGCGGCUGGCGCAGCAGCAGCACAUGUCCGAGGAGUCGCUGGCCGAGAAGCUCGAGCAGCACCAGUCCUACCUGUCCUCCUACGGCCCGGGUGUGCCCGGCAAUCCCAACUACAGUCCGCCGCUGUCCAGCUCCCAGUACGCCGACAGCUACAACAACCCCAUCUACAGCAUGUCCAACCGGUCGCAGCAGGAGUCCCAGCAGCAGCAGCAGCAGAACUCUCACAGCAAGUCCUACACGGUGGAGAACCUCGCCUCGAGCAACUACACGCCGAGCCACGGCCAGCACUACGCGAACAUCCUGCAGCCGGGUCCGCACUACCCGGUGCCCAUGUCCGCAGCCGCGGCGGUCGCGAACAACGGCUACCUCUUCGGCGGUCUCGACGCCUCCCUCAUGCAGCAACAGCAGCAGCAGCAGCAGCAGCAACAGCAGCGUUACGGCAUGGCGUCGCAUCAGCAGCACCAUCCGUCCCUGCACGGCCACCACCCGAUGAACCAGUCGCCCUACCCGUACCAGACCACCUCCUACCAGAGCUCCUUCGAUGCCUACUCGAGCGCGGCCUCGCCGUCCAACCCGAGCUACGGCCAGGGCUACGCCAGCGGUGGUCAGCCUAGCCCCGGUGGUUCCUCCACGCCACCAGCGGCGUAUCACCACAUGUCGGCCGGCAGCAGGCCACCGCCCGUCGACCUCGCCUACGAUGGCGUAUGAUAGUCCCCGAGAGAGCCCAUCGAGGAACGCUUCUCCGCCGCUGCUGCUGCUGAGGGCCUGCUUGACGACGACGACGACGACGAGGCCGACGGCUAGGACAAUGCGCUAGGAUAACUCUCUUACUUUGUCUGUCUAUAUGUGAGCGCUGGGCUGCUUCUUUUUUACGAACGAGCGAGUCUGCCAGGACGAGAGACUGACUGUAGUGUGCAAUCCGGAAGAUUCGCUCCGGCCCACGGUGCAAUAUAUAUACAUACAAGCUGUGCGAGAGAAGGAGAGAGAGAGAGAGAGAGAGAGAGAGAUAGAGAGAGACACGGUCCCGGGCUCGCCGUCGUACACGUGCAAUACACCUCCUCUCGGAGAGCCGUUGUUUCUUCUUUACGUAUAUAUUAUGCAGGAUACGAAUGUGUAUUUGUGUGAGUGCAUGCGUGCGUGUGUGUGCGCAUAUUUUAAGGCUGCGAGAGGAGGAGAGGAGAAGGAAGCUUCUUUCGUCGAUUGUUUCCGUUGUUUCUCAUUGUCGACGAUCGACUAUUAUUAUGCGUACUAUACUUUUGUUUUAUUUUUCUGCGAUUGUUACGUUGAGUAUUACAGAUUCAAUUUUAUAUCAGCGAUUAAUUCGUUUCACUCACUUACAUACAUAGACACACAGUGCUGCUUCUCUCGAAUCGCGCGCAAUUGUUGGAGAAAAUGGCAAACAGGGCAUUCGAGUCACGAGUGAGUCUCAUCGCUCACGGCACCACCAACCCCCCCGACACCUUUACAAAGUCAUUCUUAUUUAUCGUUAUAUGAAACAUACGCGCAGUUGUGAUCGGCACUUUGAGUGCCGAGUGUAUUGUGUUGACGCCGUAUAAUAUAUUAAUUAUAAAUCGCGUUAUAUACAUAUUAUAUAUAAAUAAACGUUACAUUUUAUACGUCCUUCGAUUAUAUUCUAUAUGAAUUCUGCGAUGAAUGCGGUGUAUAGGAGCAAUGGGACUGUGGGCGCCUCCUCGUCAGCGAGCCCGAUAAAAAUGACGAUGACGACGACGACGACGACGAUGAUGAUCACACUCCUCGUUUCGCUGUGUAACGCUGUAACGCUGCAAACGCAUCGGCGCGAUUAUACAUACAUAUAAAUAUAAAUAUAUAUAUAAAUAAAUAUAUAUAUAUAUAUAUUAUACAUAUAUAAAUAUAAAAAAGUAUAUAUAUAAAUAUUAUAAAGAAUUAUUGAUUAUAAAGAGAGGGAGAAUGCUAGCUUUGACUCGGGCGAGACCUACGUGAAUUUUAAGAGAGAAAAAAACAAAAAAUUAAAAAGCGAUAAACAGCGAGUAACGUCGGCUGUAGGAUGAGUCGAGGUAUCGAGGAGGGAAAAAAAUGAUUGCACAGGGUAUAGAAAAAUGAAGUCGUUGAUAUACAUAAUAACUGAUGUCUUUAUACAUAUUAUAUAUUAUAUAUAUGAAGUAUGCAUUAAUAUACAUGUUUCUUUCUGUUCUAUCGGCCUCAAGCAAACUGAUUGAAUGAUAAGACAAAACAAGCAACCACUAUUAAACAGAAAUAAGCCAAAAAAGGUUCUUAGACGUUUUUCAGAGUCGAUUCCAAGAUCCGAUGCAGGCAUUAUCGAUAUAGAUGUUAUCAGUGUUAAGUACUCAUCCGUAGCUUAAAAGAAAGAAAGAUAAGAUGGUAAAAAGGCCUCACGAGGUCUAGGAAGAGAGACAGCCGUAGGCUAGACAAACGACGAAGCCGUUGCGCGUUUUCACUGUAAAUUAAUGAAGAAGAAACUUAUUCGUAUAAGAAUUGCGUGUGCGUAGGCGUCGAGGCACCGGGCCGACCGACUGCUUGUAUAACUCUGGUUUUCAGCCCUGACGUCGCUCGGCGCGAAAAUUAAAAAGACACGCCGUUAUGGAGUAUAAAACACAUAAACACGAGAACACUCACAUUGCUGUUGAUUGUACCGAGUUAAAUUCGAGGAUUAAGCGUAUAACAGAGCUUGAGCCAGUGGCUCGUAACAUAUUUUUUAAUUGCUUCAAGACCUCCAAUUGUUCUAUACCUACCUUAACGAUUAACACUUCUAAGUAUGUAUAAAAAUAAAAGUAAAAACGUAAAGAAAUAAACGAUGAAAAUCAUGUAACGACGCAAGCGAGCAGCUCGAUCGUCGGAAAAAGUGUUUUUUGUGUAAAAAAAGUAAUGGAUAAAGCAUAGUAACGAAUUACUCAACUAAAAACCGACGACGGCGAUGGUGUUGCGUGCGACGACAGCGCGCAUAAUGUCUCGCGCCGUAGUGGAAAUGCUUUAAUCAAGUAAUCCCUUCGACACUACACAGACACGCGUCUCAAUUGUUUCUAUUAUAUACAGUUUUCCGUUGUAUCUUGUCGAGAGAAAUUUUUUUAUAAGGAAAAACCAAUAAACCUGGAUAAAAGUGUUGUGCAUCUGAAUAAACAGUAAAAAAAUGAAUCCACGAAAAAAUUGUGUCUCAGAUCAGAUUAUUUCUCGUCUCUUCACUCUCGAUCGCCCAUCGAGCUUCGUUAUAAAGACUCGUCCACAGGGGUCGUUCUGCUCGCGUUAAAUCUUAGGGAAAGGGUGACGGAUGCGACCGAAAGAAUAUUCGAAUAACACGUGCACACGACGAGCGCACAACCUGAAAUUCGUGCGGUAAAAAAACGAAAACGAAAAAAAGUUCCUAUUGUAAGAGAUCGCUCCGUCGGAUUACGUUGUUCCGACAUCCUUGCUCUAUACGCAUCCGUGUAUCUCCGUGAGCGUUUGUAAACGAGCACUUUCGGAUUCUGUAGUCUUGUAAGUGAGUACAUACAUGCGCGCUUGCGUUUUUUCGCAACUCCAUGCGGCACUGAGAAAAAUGUCUCUCUGAUGACGCGUCGGUGUUUCUUGUUUGCCCGGAUUUUCGAGUCGAGAGGGUAGUUGUCUUAUUUCGUUCGAAAUUGUCGCGGUUCGCUGCUUUUCUAUUUUGUGAUACAGCUGUGUACAUAUUUCGACGUAACGAAUCUUUUGCUAUUGGGGAAAAAUCGAUCUUUUUUAGGGGGAAAGCAAAAAAUAAAUACGGAGGACGUUUCUUUUCUCUCUCGAUGCGUGCGGUCACCCAUAUACACACCAGAACACCUACACACACGAGUCGAAAGAUUUUUGUCAGUGCGUUGCGCGCGGUUGACACGAGGUGGAGAGGAGAAAUUUUCAUGCCGAACAUAAGAUGUGUAUAGCUUUAUUGUAUACUUGGUAUAUAUAAAUAUAAGAGCGAGAUGCGAGAAAGGGAGACGAGUUAGAAGAGAAGGUAAAGAGAGGCGGAAGUAUAAGAGGAAGACGCGCGCGUGAGUUUGCUAAUAAGGCAAAUGUUACUUAAUGUACAUUGUUUAUACAUAAUGAAAAACAAAUUCGGAUUAUGCUAAGCUCCACUAUGAAUGUGUGAUGUCCGUAUUAAAGAAUUAAAGCUAAAAAAGAAGCAUACAAAAAAGUAUCGUAUAUAUAUAUAACAAAACAAAAAAGCGUAAAGUGUCGACUCCUUGACUUUUUUCCAGAGAUUACAAUAGCGUCGACAAGCGAAACACUCUAUCCGUGAAAAGGGCGUGUGUAUAAAAUCUCUAUACCAUUAUGAUUUUUCCAGCUGAGGCUGCAUGCUCGACGAGAACGAAACUCUCUCUCGCUUGUUUUUGUGUGUCCCAGUACACCGCAUCUCCCUAUGUCUCCUAUAUGAUACACGAGACGGUAAUAUGCGCAUGUCAACGAGAUACGAGAAAUAAAGUGAUUCGUCGAAAAUGCAAAACUGUGCUUUGUAUUUUCAAAAACA